AUGUCAGAAACAGUAUCGAUCCCUGAGCCCUAUGGGCUGCCGCUUCUCGGCAAUAUUAACGACAUCGACCCUGAAUUCCCUCUCGGGUCCAUGACCUCGCUGGCUGACCAGUACGGCGAGAUCUACCGCCUGCAUUUCCCUGGACGGUCUCUGGUGUUCGUCUCAACGCAAGCUCUGGUCAACGAGACCUGUGAUGAGAAGAGAUUCAAGAAGUGCGUGAACUCAGCACUGAAUGAAAUCAGAGAUGGCGUGCACGAUGGUCUUUUCACAGCGAAGAUGGGCGAGGAGAACUGGGGGAUUGCGCACCGCGUCCUCAUGCCUGCAUUCGGUCCCCUCUCUAUUCGCAACAUGUUCGACGAGAUGCACGAUAUCGCCACACAACUGACGCUGAAAUGGGCGCGAUAUGGCCCUGAUGAACCGAUCAUGGUUACCGACGACUUCACGCGACUCACCCUCGAUACUCUCGCGUUAUGCUCUAUGGGAUACCGUUUCAACAGCUAUUACUCACCAACCCUGCACCCUUUUAUCGAGGCCAUGGGCGAUUUCCUGACUGAGGCUGGUAACAAGCCCCGCCGGCCGCCUCUGCCCGGCGUCUUCUUCCGCGCGAAGGACCAGAAGUUCAAGGACGACAUUGAGAUUCUCAGAAACACCGCCAAGGGAGUUUUGGAAUCAAGAAAGGCCGAGGGCGAGAAGAGCACCCGCCGCGAUUUGCUCACUGCCAUGUUGGAGGGUGUUGACACGAAGACCGGAAAGAAGAUGACUGACGAGAGCAUCAUGGACAACCUGAUUACCUUCUUGAUCGCAGGACAUGAGACCACAUCAGGUCUACUUUCAUUCGCCUUCUAUCAACUACUGAAGCACCCCGAGUGCUACCAGAAGGCCCAGCAGGAAGUCGACAGCGUCGUCGGCAAGGGACAGAUUCACGUCGACCACCUCUCCAAGCUCCCGUACAUCAACGGCGUCCUUCGCGAAACCCUCCGUGUGAACGCCACCAUCCCCGUGUUUAGUGUUGAGGCUUUCGAGGACACUCUGCUUGCAGGCAAGUAUCCCGUGAAGGCAGGCGAGGUCAUUAUCAACCUGCUGGCCAAGUCUCACCUGGACCCCCUCGUCUAUGGCGACGACGCCACCGAGUUCAAGCCAGAGCGCAUGUUCGACGAGAACUUCAACCGCCUCCAGAAGGAAUUUCCCAACUCGUGGAAGCCUUUCGGCAACGGCAUGAGAGCCUGUAUCGGCCGCCCCUUCGCCUGGCAGGAGGCCCUCCUAGUCAUGGUCAUGCUCCUCCAGAACUUCAACUUCGUUCUGGACCCCAACUACAGCUUCGGCGUCAAGCAGACUCUCACCAUCAAGCCCAAGGACAUGCAUAUGCGCGCCAUUCUGCGCGACAAUCUCACGCCGACGACCCUCGAGCGCCGCCUGGCCGGUCUCGCCGAGCCCGAGAAGGCGACCAACGGUAACAGCGCGAACGGAGCCGCCGCCGCCGCUCAAGAGGGCGGCAAGCCGAUGACCAUUCUCUACGGUUCCAACAGCGGAACUUGCGAGGCUUUGGCUCAGCGUGUCGCCUCUGAUGCUUCGUCCCAUGGCUUCCGUGCCACCAAGAUCGACUGCAUGGACAGCGCCAACGGCAGCCUGCCAACCGACCAGCCCGUCAUCAUCAUCACAGCUUCAUACGAGGGCCAGCCCCCUGACAAUGCGGGUCACUUUGUUGCCUGGAUUGAGGGCCAGGACAAGGAGAAGUCACCCCUCAAGGGCGUCAACUACGCUGUCUUCGGAUGCGGUCACAAGGACUGGGUGCAGACCUUCCACCGCAUCCCGAAGUUGGUUGACACCACUCUCGAGCAGCUCGGCGCGAGCCGUCUGGCCGAGGCUGGUCUUACGGAUGCCUCGACUGGCGAGGUCUUCACCAACUUCGAGACCUGGGAAGAUGAUGUGCUCUGGCCUGCCCUGACCAGCAAGUACAACACCACUUCCGCCGACGACAGCAAGACUAAGGGUGUCGAUGUUACCAUCAGCAACCCUCGCACCUCAACCCUCCGCCAGGACGUCAAGGAGGCCUCCGUGGUUAAGACCGAGACCCUCACCAAGGGCGGAGACCCCAGGAGUAUCAAGAAGCACAUCGAGAUCAAGCUGCCUGAGGGCAUGACCUAUACUGCUGGCGACUACCUGGCUGUCCUGCCGAUCAACCCCAAGGAGACCGUCCACCGCGCGAUGCGCCGCUUCCACCUUGCCCGCGAUGCUCAUCUCAGCAUCAAGACUGACGGACCUACGUCCCUCCCCGUCGACACCUCCAUCCCCGCCGAUGACAUCCUCAGCCACUACGUGGAGCUUUCGCAGCCCGCAACAAAGAGAAAUCUCCUCGCUCUCGCGGAAUACGUCAAGGAUGAAGACACCAAGGCCAACUUGACCCGUUUGUCUGGAGAUGCCUACGCCGACGAGAUCAGCACGAAGCGCGUCUCCGUUCUCGACCUGCUCGAGCGUCACCCCUCCAUCGACUUGCCGAUCGGCGUGUUCCUCACCAUGCUGCCCCCCAUGCGCGUCAGACAGUACUCCAUCUCCUCUUCGCCCAUGGCUUACCCCUCCAACGUCACUCUCACCUUCUCCGUUCUCAACGAGCCGUCCCUCUCCGGCCAAGGUCCGCACAUCGGCGUCGCAUCCUCCUACCUCGACUCCUUGGCCGAGGGCGACACCCUCCACGUUGCUAUCCGCCCGUCCCACGCGGCCUUUAGCCUCCCGUCCGACCCCGAAAGAACGCCCAUGAUCUGUGUCGCCGCCGGUACCGGCCUCGCGCCCUUCCGCGGCUUCAUCCAGGAGCGCGCCACCAUGAUCGCCGCCGGCAGAACCCUAGCUCCCGCGCUCCUGUUCUUCGGCUGCAGAUCCCCCGAGCACGACGAUCUCUACCGCGAGCAGUUCGACAAGUGGGAGGCCCUCGGCGCCGUCUCCGUCCGCCGCGCUUUCAGCCGCGACUGCGACAAGAGCGAGGGUUGCAGGCACGUCCAGGACCGCAUGUGGAAGGACCGCGAGGAGCUUCUGGACCUUUGGAAGCAGGGUGCCAAGGCCUAUGUAUGCGGCUCCCGUGGCGUGGCCGAGUCGGCCAAGGAGACCAUCAUCAAGAUCAAGGUCGAGACGGAGAAGGCUAAGGGCGAGGAGGUUGACCCGGAGAACAUGAAGGAAUGGUUCGAGUCGCUCAGGAACAUGCGCUACGUGACGGAUGUUUUCGACUAA